UACCAGCCCACCUAUUAUAACCAUCUCCUGAAGCACAUACAGCAAUUUCCCCACAUUUGUAAGCACAAUUUUAGGUUCCUCUUUGGAUAAGUCCCUGCGUUUUGCAAAUGCAAGCCAUCAAGUGCGUCGUGGUCGGCGACGGUGCCGUGGGUAAGACAUGUCUUCUCAUCAGCUACACCACCAAUGCCUUCCCGGGAGAGUACAUCCCCACUGUCUUUGAUAAUUACUCUGCCAAUGUGAUGGUGGAUGGCAAGCCGGUCAACCUGGGCCUGUGGGACACGGCAGGGCAGGAGGACUACGACCGCCUCAGGCCCCUCUCCUACCCACAGACGGACGUGUUCCUGAUAUGCUUCUCCUUGGUCAGCCCAGCUUCCUUCGAGAACGUCAGAGCCAAGUGGUACCCGGAGGUGCGCCAUCACUGCCCCAACACGCCCAUCAUCCUGGUGGGCACCAAGCUGGAUCUGAGGGACGACAAGGACACCAUCGAGAGGCUGAGAGACAAGAAACUGGCCCCCAUCACCUAUCCCCAGGGCCUGGCUAUGGCACGGGAAAUCGGUGCGGUUAAGUAUCUGGAGUGCUCUGCCUUGACCCAGCGUGGCCUUAAGACGGUGUUUGACGAGGCCAUCCGUGCCGUCCUGUGCCCACCACCUGUCAAGAAGCGGGGCAAGAAAUGCACGCUGUUCUGAGAAUGACCAGCAGAGGGCGCAAGUGUACUUGUGCCAUUUACUCCUCUGAGGCGGCAGUGGGUUACUACCACUGCUGCACUUGUUCAUAACAGUAGAUAUCUGCUGUUUUGAGAGGGACACAUCUGAACUCAGUGGGUUCACUCUAGUCUCUUAGGACCAGGAGGGUUUGUUUAAUAUGUAAGAAAAAAAGCAUUACUAGAAUGUGUAAAAUGGUGAAGUCGCUAAAACAAAGUUGCAUUGCGAAAAGAAAUGAUGCAUAAUGUACUGUACAUUCGUUUCGGGCAGUAGCACAUGUUUUCUUACGUGUCCAAUAAAAUUGCCUUAAUGACUUAAUAGGGGACAUUGUCAUACCUGUACAUGACAACCCGAGAGGCAAUGAGACCUAUAUAGAUAGGCCUAAACUUUUCUAAGUGUUUGACUAUUAAAUACAGUGCAUCCGUUCAGCUUUUUGGACAGAAAUAAUGUUGAUUUUGUGUCGAGUGUGGAUAUGGCUACCUGUUUUGCAAGUAUUUUUCUAUUAUUUUGAAUGAAUUGUGAAUGUUUUGACAGAUGUGGUGGCAGUGUAAAUAUAUUGUGCAUAGCUUUGAUUUGCAGGCAGAGAACAGCUUCAGUGAGAAGUACAUUUCUAAGCAUUUUCUUCAACUAUUUCCUAGGUCUAUUAGUGCUGAUUGAUUUUGGAAUGAUUUGAUAGUGUUCUGAGUUCACUUAAUAUGUACACGUGUACACCAAGCAUCAACAUGAGAGUUGACCAGAAUGCAUCUGUUUGCUAUAGUGUUAAUGAGCAUCCACUUGAGCUGUUUGAGCUUUUGAAUUGGCUUUUAUUUCUGUCCUUUGAGAAUCUGUAAUAUGCUAAAUUGUUUGUGCUCUCCUCUCAAUACCCGUGACAUUAUUGCCUACAGUUUUAUAGUCACCCAGACGUAUUUUCUGAAAAUUUGAAAUCAUUCAGAUGAACAAUUUUACCAUGUGCCAUUAAUGUGAAUAUUUUUCUGGGUCUGGCAUGCCAAACUAAGUCAUUCCUUUCAGCUGAGGACCUAAUUACAGUACAAGUAGGCCCUAUUUUAUUUCUCAAAUUUUCAAUGUUUUAUUUCUAUUGUUAUUUUAAUGGUUUUCAGUCUGGUGCUAUGAGUGCUAUGAAUGUGAGUUGGAUGUGUGCCAGUCAGAUUUCUGCAAUGAUAAUUCUGCUCAACAGUGUCUUGUCUUGACCCAGAAUGCUAAAGAUCACACACAGUCCCGCUUAGGGCCCACAUUUUUGCCAAAUAAACCACUAAAUGUAAUUUAAGGGUUAUGCAUUAGUCAAAUAAAAUCUCUGAAUG